AUGCACAGCUGCUCAGGGUGCAUUCUGAUUCGGGACACCGUCGUCACCACUUCACCACCUCCGCCGGUAAUAGUAGUACUGAUACACAACACAGCACAUUCUUUCAAGUACUCUUCUGCAGAAACCUAUCAAUCUGUUCCUUUUCUCAUCAUGGCUGAAACAACGGAUACUGAUUUCAUGAGAUGUGAGUUGAAACUGGAUACCGGUACCCCCGGAUGGCAUAAGACCAUGAUCAAAGUUUUGAACAAAAUCAAGGGAGUGUCUUACACCAUCGACACACAAGCCGGAAUUGCAUAUGUUUCGGGUACAAUUGAACCGAACAUGCUUCUCAAGUUAUUAGCAAAAUCAGGGAAGCAUGCAGAGUUGCUCAGAGUUGAUUCAGGAUAUAAGCAUCAGUUCUACGAAGCUAAACCUGUUGCUAAUUACACAAGUGGACAAGAUUAUGGGGCUUAUUACCAUAAUAAUCAUGAUUACGGAUAUUAUGGUCACAAUGGAAGCUAUGAAACAACGAUUCCCUACCAUCAUCAUCCUCAGCACUACCCUAAUUACUACGAUACACGGGAAACUGUACCAGCGAUUAGAUUUCCGCAGCCACCUCCGCCAAUGCAGGUCCACCCGUUUUAUGAUCCGGAUACUCAAUGCACCAUUAUGUGA